UAUCUACCCCCUAGUUUCCCCCUUUCAAUUUUAUUAGACAAAUCAAAAUCAGAAAUACAAAAAGCGGAAUUAAAGCUUGCAAACAAUCAACUAUGGCGACGACCUCACCCUCAGAAUCUGAAAAACCCAAGUCCUCUGUCAGCAUCCAAAACAUGGACGAGGUCAAGAAGGUUUUCAACCAGUUCGACGCCAACGGCGACGGCAAGAUCUCCAUCACCGAGCUCGAAAAAGUCCUCGAAACCCUAGGCUCCGAAGUACCUCAGGAAGAGCUCCACCGCGUCAUGGAUGACCUCGACACCGACCGCGACGGCUUCAUUGGACUCGACGAGUUCGCGGCUUUCUGCCGCUCCGGCACCGAAGACGCCGCUGAUUCGGAGCUCCGCGAUGCUUUCGAUCUCUACGAUCGGGACCAUAACGGACUCAUCUCCUCUGAGGAGCUCCAUCUCGUUCUCAAUCGCUUAGGGAUGAACUGUUCGCCGGAAGAUUGCCGACGCAUGAUCCGAUCUGUUGAUUCCGACGGCGAUGGGAACGUGAAUUUCGCCGAGUUUCAGAAGAUGAUGACCAAUAAAGGCUCUAAUGGUAACAAUGCCUCAGUUUGAGCCGCGGAUUACGGAAGAAUCAGACGGCGGAGGAUGACUUGCGAGGUACACCUAUAUAUAUAUAUAUAUAUAGAUAUAUAUAUCCCUACAUCUCUAUAUAUAUAUAUGGUGUGUGCGUGCGUGUACCACGCGGUGUCGUCUCUUUUGACCUGUCUCUUGUUCGAUCUAACCCUCUUUAAGUGUUAGGAUUUUUCUUUUAGGAAUUUGGUGUUUUCUUGAAUAGAUUUACGUUUUGCUUCGUCGGUUGUUCAUUGCUGUUUCAUUGCAAUUUGAAAACCAGAAAUAACAAUUUCUCUGUGUUUGUUUCCGGUGAAAAUUUUUCUCCCGGAGAAUUAUCUAA